GUCUCUGCGUCAGACACUCAGCCUACCGUCGGUGUUCCGACCUGUCGCUGUUCGUCCUGACAGAGAGACGAUGCUCGCCGGGCGCUAUGUGAGCCAGGAACUGCUGUCGGAGGCUUUACGGAGCGGCGUCACGAGGUAAACCAGUAAAACAUUAGGACUUUUCUCCACACUUCCUCUUGAGUAGAAAGUUACCUGUGAGGCUCGUCGGGGUGAGGCUGGCCAGCUGUUAUUGAUGCCCAGACGCUAGCCGCACCUCUGCCCGCGAUGGAAUCCAAGAAGCGGAGCAAGCUGGACAUUUUCCGGAAGAAAGUCCUGCCUCAUCUGCACCGGGGCAAGAAGAGUCCCACCAAGCAUGUCCUCCAACCCAACCACAUCAUGGACAACCGGAUGAGCACGUCCGUCCCAGACAUAAGAGACAUGAGGCAGGAGUACGAGCGCGUCGCCUCCAGCACGCAGCCACACCUCUACAGCUCUCAGAACCACGACAGCGUCUCGCCACUGGUGGACAGGCGGACGGGUGGGAGUGGCCUGCUGGUGCCCAGCGCCGCUGACAAGCGCGUACACAGGCGGAGCAUGCCUGCAGACUGCACAGACUGGGAUUUCUCCCAGGAGGCAGUGAAUGGUUUCCGUGGAGAAGAGACGAGCUCGAUGGAGACGCAGCAGAGAGCCGUUUCAGGCAUGGAGCCCGAGGAGCUGGCCCUGCCAGAGAUAAUGACUGUAUACACACCAGACGGGCCUGCAGAGGACGCUUCACCGGACAGUACACAGGCCGAGAUGAUCGAGCCCGAAAGUCUGUCGGACAACGUCCAAGAUCUUCCUCGCUCCUAUCUCCUCUCCAUCAACCUAAAGGAAGGACACAACCUGGUUGUCAGAGACCGCUGUGGUACCAGCGACCCUUACGUGAAGUUCAAGUAUGACGGAAAGAGCAUCUUUAAGAGCAAAGUGAUCCAUAAAAACCUGAACCCCGUAUGGAACGAGUCCUUCGUCGUGCCAGUAAAGGAUCUGAACCAGAAGAUUUACAUCAAGGUGUAUGACAGCGAUCUGACUACAGAUGAUUUUAUGGGCUCAGCCUCUGUUCUCCUGAGAGAUUUAGAACUUGACAAGCCUAAUGAGCUGUCGCUCACGCUGAAGGACCCAAACACUCUGGAGGAAGAUAUGGGCUACCUGCUGGUCAACAUGACAAUCUCUUACAGAAAUGGAAGCAGCAAGAAAGGCUUUAAGUGGUCCCGAAAGCGAAGUAGUAGGGGAGGGCCUUCCCAGAACUCUCAGUUGUCGGAUUUGAUGAAGAAGAGUCAGAUCUGGACGUCGCUUGUCUCGGUGACGCUGGUUGAAGGUCGGGGGUUGAAUUUGGACAAUCAGACAGGUGAUCUGUUUGUUCGCUUCAAGCUGGGAGAGCAGCAGUUUAAAAGCAAGAAUCACUGCAAAGUGACCAAUCCUCAGUGGAGAGAGAGAUUCACUAUGAGACAGUUCCUGAACGUUGCCCAAAUCCUGGAGGUGGAGCUCUGGUCCAAAGAAUCACGAAGGAGCGAGGAGCGUUUGGGAAUGUGUGAAGUGGACCUGUCCCAGAUCCCUUUGAACACGCGGGCAUUGUUUAAGGAGCCCCUGACUUCCACCAAAGGAACCUUGGUCUUCCUGAUCACACUAAACGCAUGCAGCGGCGUCUCCAUCUCAGACCUGAGCGCUGCGCCGCUCGAUGAGCCGCAGGAACUGCAGAACCAGCUGGAGAACUAUAGUUUGCAAAGAUCUCUGACAAACCUGCGGGAUAUCGGUCUACUACAAGUCAAAGUCAUCAAGGCCUCAGACCUGGCCGCUGCUGAUUUAAACGGAAAGAGUGACCCUUUCUGCGUGUUGGAACUGGGAAACGACCGGCUGCAGACCCACACAGUUUACAAGAACCUCAAUCCGGAGUGGAACCAAGUCUUCACUCUGCCUGUCAGGGACAUUCAUGAGGUCCUCAUGGUGUCCGUGUUUGAUGACGACGGCGACAAGGCGCCAGACUUUCUAGGAAAAGUCGCCAUUCCGCUGCUCUCGAUCCAGAGGAGACGACGGGUUGUCUACAUGCUGAAGAAGGAGGACUUGGGCAGACUGUGGAAGGGGAGCAUCACUCUAGAGCUGGAGGUUAUUUUUAACCCUGUCAAAGCAAGUAUAAGAACUUUCCAGCCCAAGGAGAGGGCUUUCAUGGAGGAUAAUCUGAAAUUUUCCAAAAAGGCUCUGGCCAGGAAUGUGGCGCGCGUGAAGGCGAUUUACACGGCUAUCAGGUCCACUCUGCAGUACAUCAAAAGCUGCUUCCAGUGGGAGAGUGUUCAGAGGAGCCUGCUGGCCUUCCUGAUUUUUCUUGUCACGGUGUGGUACUGGGAUAUUUACAUGCUGCCCUGCUUCCUGGUUCUGCUCAUCACCUGGAACUACUUCCAGGUUCGCUCCGGACGACUCAGUCAAGACGUGGACAGCAUGGAUUUGGCGGAUGAGGACGAGGAUGAUGAAAAGGAGUCGGAGAGGAAGGGGCUACUGGAUAAAAUCCACAUGGUCCAAGACAUCAUCAUCACGGUCCAGAACCUGCUCAAUGAGGUCGCCUGCCUGGGAGAGAGGAUUAAAAACACAUUUAACUGGUCAGUGCCGUUCCUGUCUGGCCUGGCUCUCGUGGUCUUCAUCACUGCUGCAGUCAUCACAUACUUCAUCCCCAUUCGCUAUAUAGUCCUGUUAUGGGGUAUCAAUAAAUUCACCAAGAAGCUGCGGAACCCGUACUGCAUCGACAACAAUGAGCUGCUUGAUUUCCUGUCGAGGGUGCCUUCAGAUGUGCAGAAGGUUCAGUACAACGAGCUGAAAACUGGUCGGAAGAAGAAGGUCCUGUAGAAGAGGAAGGUCGUUUUCCGUGGCGGUCCUGAUGCGGCCGUUGCUGGGCGUCAUCAUGCAGAAAGCCACCGUAUGGAGGACUGUGUCUCCAUCUGAGAAAAUGAAAAAAGGGGGGGGGGGCUCACCUUUUGUCUUGGUCACAGGUUGUUUGAUAAUUUUCCCAGCUCAAAUCGGCCGGCGCUUCUCAACCAAAGAACGUCGAAUUAAUGAAUUCGCCCGUUUGUACAUUUCCCAAGCAGCUUAUGGUCAUAUUUGUCAUGAAUGUAGAUGUUUUACCGUGUGUACAGUUUACUUUUAAAUAUCGAUCAGUUAGUGACUGCUGUAUGUUUGAUUGUUGGUGCAUUGUGACACUUGUAAGUUUGUUUUUUUCUCCAUCUGGGAAGAAAAACUCAAAACUAUGCAACUUUUGGGACGGAUGUGAAUGUCUUUGUGUUUAAGAAAAGAAUAAGUCAUUUUCUAAGUCAUAGUUUUUAUAUAGAAGAAUAUAGAAGAUAGCAGUUAUGUAUUAGAUCUUUACUUUUAAUGCAAAAAUGUAAUCACUAAGUUUAUUUAAUUGUGUCAAUAUGAAUGUUUUGCAUGCAAAGAAAAGUGCCUGCAUUCAGUUUAUGGUUUCUGUCACUCUUUGUUUUAUUCUUCAAUCCUGAGCUGCAGCACCUUAUUUAUUAUCAGUAAUACUCAUAAACAUGUUGUGUCCUUCUGGUUCCAGUAGCAAUAAAUGCAUGCAUCAGAGCUGUA